CAGGAGGAGGAGGGGACCGUGACUCAGAUUCCAGGAAAGGAGAGUGAACCUGGACCAGCACAGCUCACUGUGUAUAAGAGCAGUGGAUCACCCGAGCCUGACCCACAGUCAGCCUGACGCCGAGACGACAACCGACACACAUCCAACAGAGAACCAGGGCAGUCGUGGCAUUCAGAAUUUGAGGUUUCAGUAGCAGCAAAGUUUGAACUCAAAAUAAACAAAGAAAAAUGUCUUGGAGUGACGUCUUCUUCCCUGAUAACCCUGCUAAAAGGGAGGAGGUCAUCCGCAGAAACCAAGAGCUUCGGGAGUUGAUGAAGAACAACUUCCGAGCCACUAACCAGCUCAUUGAAAUUCUUGACAAGCACCUGGGUUUGUCCUUUAGUCCGAUAUACCUGAACAACGACGCCACCAUUAAGGAGAACUGCGAGGUGAUGAUACAACGCAUGCAUGAGAUCCAGGCAGAAGUAAAGAAGAUCGAGGAGAAGCUGAAGGAGAAGCUGGAACCUGACUUAUAUGAGAAACUGAAAACCCUGUCACCCAGCAUCAAAGACUUGAAACAAAUUCAAUUAAUACUCAGUGGAUCAUUGGGUGCCUUAAGUUUAGUGUCCGCCACUGUAGUUUGUUACCUAAUCAAAAGUGGAAGGAUACUUGUGAACGUAAUAUCCACAUGUGCUAAAGCGUGUGCAGGGGCUUUUUUCAGUUUGGGCUUAGGGGUGCUGUUCAUGGGCGUUGAUAUGAUGAUCCAAGCCAUUUUGGGGGCAAAAGACAGAGAUCAACUUGAACAGGCCCUGGAAGAGUAUAAGAAAGCUUUGGAUGAAUUCAGGCCUGCUUCUGAAAAGUUCCAGGAUAAUAUAACUUAUGUCAAGAUUAAAAUUGAAAUGAUGCAAGAGGAAGGGAACUAACGGUCACCAUCCUUAGGUUAGCUUUGAAUUGUUGCGUAUCUAGCUCUAUUCAUUAGUACUGGAUCAUCUACACUAUCAUGAUUUUCAGUUACUCUGGUAAUCCAUGCCUGAUAUCUUUACAUAUGGAUUAAUAAGAAACUGAUUAAGAAAGUGGUAAUUCUUGAUCAAACUGUUUUGAAUGUUAAAUGGUACUUCAGUGAUUGUUUUCUUUCUAUAUUGCAUUCAAGAUUUUUCUGUUUUUCAACAUUAAAGUUUACUAAAGAUACUAAUCAGUUGAGUUUUUUAUUCAUAUAAUCUGAAUUUCAGUUGAUCUAUUCAUCCAUAUGUCCUCCCUCCCUUCUUCCAUGCUCUUCCUAUCCCUGCUCUCAAUCCUCUUCAUUGUAUAUUUGAACAUUUUUGUUAAAAAAGACUCAAUCUUAACCUCAGCAGGGGCCAUCCGUUGUUCAUUGUGAACACCCCUUAAGCAGUAUUAGAGCAAUAGGCAUCUGCUUUUGACUAGAUUAAAACCUUUUGGUGUUGGAGUUUGUUAUUGUGAAAGAUCCCUGCAAAUAUCAACUCAUGCACUCUCAUCUUUUCCAUGGAUUCCCGCAUUGUCUCAUAACUAAAGUGGUACAUUCUAGAAUUUUGUAAAUGAUGAAAUGUCAAUGGGAAAUACGUCACUGUUGAAUACUUUUGUUCCACCAUUAAACCUGUAGGAUAGAUGCAAAACUACCUGAAGCAAAUAAUGCAUAUCACAAACAAAAGCUUGUCUUGUUAAAGAGGUGUCAGCCGCAAAGGUGAUGUGUAAUAUUCAACAGCCAAUACAACACAAGUGCAUUACUUUAUUGUAUAAUUGCAGUGCAUUUCCU